AUAUAGAGAGAAGGGGAAACUAGACUCGGCACUCCAAAGUAUACAGCCUCCGCGAUUGCAGUGGUGUGCUUUCGGUUCCCUCUACACGAUAUUCAUUCUUCGCGGCUUCGCGCCCGUGGUAACAGUCCGAUCCACGUUUCCACGUUGCACGCGUUGCAGCAGGGCAGCUUCCGGAACCAGCUUUUCGUUCGUUCAUCAUCAUUUCGUCGACCUACCAACCACUACCAUGAAGUUCGCGAUUUUCGCAUUGGUGGUGGUCAGCUGUCUGAUAGCCGUGGUCAGAUCAGCGGAAGAGGAAUACGAUUACGAGGAAGAGCCGGCAGCUCCGGUGACCCCUGCGCCGGCUAGAUCGAAUUCUGGUCGACUGGGUGGACUAUUAUCUUCGCGAGGACGAGUAAACGUUGGAAGGAAGUCGUCAGCGCCGGCGCAAUCGACCACCGCCAAAGCUGUCGAGCAGCCGGUGGAAGUGGAGGAAGAGGGCGACGAGGAAUUGGACGAUAAUCAAGAUCAGCAGGAAGAAAUUCCCACCACGACUACCGAAUCCUCGAAGAAAGUUCGCGGCGGUGUCAGACCUUUCAGGUCGAACCAGGAUCUCUUAGCCGCGUUAAAGAGAAGAAGAGCUCAAGUGGGACCCUCGCACCGAGAAACGUCUGGUACGCAAGCCGCCUCGGAAUCGACAACACCAAAAUCCAAAGCGACCACGCACAGCCGCAGCAAAAGCAGCGCCAGCGGUGCGAACGAAGCGAAAUCAUCGGGACGCGGCAGGUUCGGAGGAUCCAGGGGAAGCAAACCUUUGCAAGAAGAGGUGGAGGAAACCCAACGAGAGGAGGUGCAAGUGAAACCGAAACCUUAUCGCAGAGGAUAAAUGGAUAGUAGAAAGGGAUGCGAGUUUCCAGCUUUGUUUGACUUGAACGCGGAACGAAACAAUUAAAAGGAUUGCAGCGACCAACGUCGAUCUGUUCGAAGCGGCGUGAACUUUUUCCCUUCUUUCGGACGAACACACGAAACUUGCAACGAAAGUCUCCCUUUUAUAAUCCGCGUUUGAAAAAUUAGAACGCGACAACUGAACGCGCGGCAAAAGAAAAGCGCCAGAUACUCGUGUAACAUUUGCGUACUAAAAGUACAUUUCGAAAACUAUGACAUGUAUAUAGAAGGAGGCUGCCAUUCACCGAAUACUCAAGGUACUUACUGUAUAAAUGUAAAUUAAUAACAAUAAAAUUUCUAGAAACAAACACUU